GCCGCCGCCGCCUCUGAGCCUUGCUCAGGCUCUCCGGAGCCCGGGAGGUGGCGCAGCCCAGCUUUGAGGCCCAACGGGACCACCUGGGGCACACUGACCGGACUGGACAGUGGAAACCGCCUCCUGGCCUGGAUUGACAGCCCUGCGACAACUGCUACGGGGUUAGCCUUCCAUCCUUGGGGUCCAUGUGCCCACCCCAGGCCCAGGCAGAGGUGGGUUCCGCCAUGACUGAGAAAGUUGAGAUGGUGCACGCCUCCAGCCCUGCGCCUGCACCUCCCCCUAAGCCCGCCUCACCUGGGCCCCUUCCUGCGGAGGUGGACCACCGAAACACGGCGUGCACCCCCUGGUUGCCGCCAGGUGUGCCAGUGAUAAACCUGGGUCAUACCAGGCCCACAGGGGCAGCCAUGCCCACCACAGAGCUGAGUGCUCUUCGGCCCUCCUUGCUGCAGUUAGCGGCCUUGGGAGCAGCUCCACCCACCCUGGCCCUGCAUUACCACCCCCACCCCUUCCUCAACAGCGUCUACAUUGGGCCAGCAGGACCCUUCAGCAUCUUCCCUCACAGCCGGCUGAAGCGAAGACCAAGCCACGGUGAGCUGGACUUGGCUGAGGGGCACCAACCCCAGAAGGUGGCUCGUCGCGUGUUCACCAACAGCCGAGAGCGCUGGCGGCAACAGCACGUUAACGGCGCUUUCGCGGAGCUCAGGAAGCUGCUGCCCACCCACCCGCCCGACCGGAAGCUCAGCAAGAACGAGGUGCUGCGUCUGGCCAUGAAGUACAUCGGCUUCCUGGUGCGGCUGCUGCGAGACCAGGCGGCUGUGCUUGCCUCGGGCUCCAGCGCUCCCGAGCCCCGCAAGCCACCUGCGCACCGGGGAGUAGAGAGCGGUGCGCGCUGCGGGGCCCGACACAGGGUGGAGGCUGCGUGCUCUCAGCCCAUGCUUCCUGGGGACUGCGACGGCGACCCCAAUGGGUCGGUGCUACCCAUCAAGAUGGAGCAGACAGCCCUUAGUCCUGAGGUGCGGUGACCCAAGGCAGUGGCGCCUCGCCUGCUGCGCUGUGAACUCCCUGUAAAAGGGACUGAGGUCGCCCAGAUGAGGAAACGCCCUGUAGUUCUCGAAGGGUGACCGGCGACUCGGAGGCUCCGCAGACUUUUCAAAAAAAAUUCCCACAGGCUACCUGAGGUGGCCUUGCUAGUGUC